AUGUUGAGGGCUAAUCUUCAGAGUAAGGGCAAUCCAACCCCAGAGUGGACUCCACCUGAGAAGGGGUGGAUUAAGAUUAAUUUUGACGGAGCAUCGAGGGGCAAUCCAGGGCCCUCGGGUGUUGGGGUGAUUGCUCGAGAUGAUCAUGGUAACAUUCUGGCCAUUGCGGCCAAGCGAAUGGUGGAUGGAUCGAACAAUGUGGCCGAAUGUCAAGCUGCAAUGGAAGCAAUACUUAUGGUUGGGAAGUUGGGAGUCAAGAAACUUCAUUUAGAAGGUGAUUCUCAGGUAGUGGUGAAUGGGAUUGCGCGAGGGUGA